AUAAAACCCCUUUUUGAGUUUUUUCUCCAUUCACAGAAACAUUUCUGAAACAAAUCAAAUAACGUUAAAGAAUUCCGAACGUUAAAAUUCAUUAUAGCUUCCCCCAAAACUCAAAACAGAAGGAACGGAUACAUGGCAUGUACCGUUGCGAUUAGCUCACCGGUCUUCUCGCCUUCCAGAAUUUCAGUCCACUGCAAAGCCGCCGGCGCCGCAUCUUCCUCGUCGCCGGAGGCUCUGACCCGCUCACUCUCUCCUUCAUCCGUCACAUCUCCGUCUUCGCCUUUGCGGGUUCUCCGUGCCUCGAAGCCGCAUCCGAGUGGAUUGAUUCGACCUUCUACUUCUGACUGUUCUUCUUCGACCUCCUCCACUGUUUGGAAGCGAAAUCGGCCGGGGAGGUUGGAUAUCCCCAACGUUCCGGUGACCUUUGGGGACUGGCCGGACGCAGGAACUGCUAUGGGAGAAGAUCUGGUGGAGUUUGAAGGAGAUGGGUACUCUGUGUGCUGUAAACGGGGGAAGAGAAGAAGGGCUAUUGAAGAUCGGUACUCGGCUAUGGUCAAUCUCCGGGGAGAUUGUAAUCAGGCUGUUUUUGGUGUAUUUGAUGGGCAUGGAGGAGCAAGUGCGGCCGAGUAUGCAUCACAAAACUUGGUCAAGAACAUCUGGGAUGAAAUAGAAAAGAGCAGUGACAAUGAUGACGAAAUUAAGGAGGCAGUGAAGAAUGGUUACUUGAAAACAGAUACUGAAUUCUUGAAGCAAGAUCUACAAGGUGGAUCUUGCUGUGUUACAGCAUUUAUUAGUAACAGCAAUCUUGUGGUUUCCAAUGCUGGGGAUUGUCGAGCUGUUGUGAGCAAUGGUGGCAUUGGAGAAGCUCUUACUUCUGAUCAUCGACCUUCAAGAACGGAUGAAAAGGAACGCAUUGAGGCUUUGGGUGGCUUUGUAGGCUAUAGUCGUGGUGUGUGCAGAAUCCAGGGAUCUCUAGCAGUGUCUAGAAGCAUUGGGGACCGGUCACUCAAGCAAUGGGUUAUUGCAGAACCAGAAACGAGGGUAAUCACCCUUCAUUCUCAACUGGAGUUCUUGAUCCUUGCUUCUGAUGGCUUAUGGGAUAAGGUAAUUUGCAGUUUUCAUGCCAACUAUUGAUUUCACCUCUUUAAACAGUCUUCAGUGAUGUAGUUAUAACUUAUAAUAUGUUUAUUGCUCCUAAUUUAACCAUUUAACUCUAACUUCGGGUAAGUCUAUAUGAAUAUAAUAAUGCCAAAAUUGCAUUUUGAAGAAAAAAAUGAAAAAUAUAUAAUUAGAAUUUGUAAGAAAUACGGAGUAGCAUUCUGUCAAAAAUAUAAUGAAAUCGCCUUGUAGCACUUAGCACUAACUUGCUGGAUUCUAGGGCUGAAUUCUUUGUGCUGAAUUCUUCAAUACCCGAUGAGGCGAUAACCCACCGACCGACUGUAGGGCUAAAUUCUCUAUAUUUUAGAAUAAUCGGUCUAAAUUGGCAAAACAUAUUUUAACGGUGCUAUUUUUUUUCUAACGCUAUGGUUACGAACUUGAAAUGCAUUUACCUACUAACUAUAGAAAGCUCUCAUCUCACAGGAGCUAAGGAUUCCAAUUUUGCCUUGUUAGGUGGUCUAGUUGCCCGAUCUAGCCCUAGUAAAUUUUGCAGCUCUGGUUUUACCUUAUGUGACUAAUUUACCAACUUUGCUCAUCAGGUUAGCACACAAGAAGCAGUAGACGUUGCCCGGCCUUUCUGCAUUGGCUCCGAUAAGCCCCAACUGUUGUCAUGCUGCAACAAACUGGUCGAUCUUUCGGUUUCUAGAGGUUCUUGGGAUGACGUGAGUGUGAUGCUAAUUGCAUUGGGAAAAUUUUGUAGCAACACAUAACCGUCGAAACCUAUAAAGGCUGAGUAACACUUCUGAGCUAUGUUCUACAAAUAUUGCCAUUUCUUGAAACAGUGAUGACAUCUCUCUGACUGAAAGAUGAUAAAAGCAAGACUAGUUUAGAAGAUUCAUUUAUUAGGGGCCUGUAUUUUGGCCUGUGAUUUCACCAUUAUUAUACAUUCUUUUAUUCAUUUAUAUAUAAAGUAAAUAACCGCUAUUAGUGUUUUUAUUAUUGC